CCGAACAGGACAAAUCGUUUGUGACGUCGUUCUUUUUCUUUCGCCCUUUGCUUUCUCGAACGGUUCUGACCGGGGUUGAUUGAGCGAGUCAGUGUGUCCGGUCCGAGCUUAGGAGCUCCAGUGUGUGGGGUGCUCCGGAAGGCUUUAUUGGCCAAUCAAACGGUUUAGAAUUUCCGAACUCUCUGGAUAUCUGCGAACAUGCACACUGCUAUUGUUCACUGAAGAAAGUGUUGCCGCCGCGAUCAUAUGCAGCCGCGGUAUCAAACGCUGUCAAAGUUUUGCUUGGGAAGUCGGCGGAAGCGUCAGCCGAAAAUUUGAACCAAAAAUUGUGCAAUAAUUAUCCGGUGGAUCCCAGCAGAAUGACGUUUCGAAGAAAGAGUGAUCUUCCCGAAGGUGUUAUUACGGUUGAAACCGACGGGUGACAAGUAGUCGAACGUGUUGUGACAGCUGAAUUUAAGUGAAAAUUUUCAGAAAGCUUGUAUGGUGUCUAAACUAUUGUUUGGAAUUCUACAAAUACAAUGAAAUAAGUUUAAAAGUUGAUUUUUUAGUGCAAAAAGAAAAGAAGUAAGCAACUGUCAGUAGUUUUGACAGAGUGACCAAGUAACUCGGUAGGUGUGGAUCGGAUCAUGAAUGGUUGAUAGAACCAACAGUGACAAAAACGGAAAAGGGUUACGCAAAAGGAAACCAGUUCCAAGUAAAAGGAAAAAUCAACGAUCGCCGGAAUUCUUCACCAAGAGCAUCGCGAGGGAACGCUGAGCUGAAGUCCACCGUAGAAAGCGUGAUCCCCUUCCGCAUUGGCCACAUCCAUCCACCCAACCGAACAGUGAACAGCGCCGCCGGAACAUCGCAUACGCGCUGGCAACGCUGCUGAAUUCGUCAACAUUCCCUACACCAGUCCAACCCGUUCAUCCCGAGGUGGCCAGUAGCGGCGACGGCGGUGGUGAUAGCAAACAGAACACAUUCCCAUUCACAAUCGACUACCGCCACCCUCCAAGUACCGCUGUUUCCCGGAUCCAGAUCUCCUCGCCAUCAUCGUCAUCAGCAUCAUCACUCACCAUCUUCAGUCGGGUUGCCUUCAAACGAAUUGCGACUUCUUGGAGCUUUUUGGCAGCUGGGCAGUACGCAAAACGCGAUCGUGUAAAUGCUUGAAGUUACGAUGCUGACGCUGCAUUAUCACAAACACGGCGAGUGCAUACUCCAGGAAAUCGGUGCAGCAUUCCGGGGCGAGCAUGCGACAGACCUUCUGCUGAUCUGCGAUGGCAAUCAAACGUUCCGUGCGCACAAGCUGGUACUGGCAGCGGCCAGUCCACUUAUCCGAAUGAUCCUGGAGGAAACGCCAGUCCUAGAUGGCAUCACGACAGUGUACUUUCCGGGCGUUCAAGUGUACUACUUUCGGCUACUGCUCGAUUUUCUCUAUUCCGGUCAGGUGUACGUGCGAUCUGUCGACGAAUACCACCACCUGCAAGGUCUGCUAGCACUACUGCAGAUCAAGGCCAGUAUUUGGAAGAAGAGUGACGGUUCCAACGACAAUGAUUCCCGUAAAUGUGAACCGCACGUGGAUAUCAACCGCAACGAAGGGAUCGUGUCCAGCCAUCAUUCGCGGCGGCGUUCCCGGAGUCAGGAUUCGCUGUCCGGCGACAGCACCAAUCCGAAGGUCAGUGUCAAAAGCGAACGCAACUCGGGCAGCUCCGAGGAGGGCGAUCGCGAUGACAACGAGUUUCUGGACGAGGUGGAUGAAGCAAUCAUCAAAAGCAACAACAACCUGCAGCACCAUCAGAUCAGCAGACAUGACGGAGACGACGACGCGGGAGGUGGGAGUGGGAACGACGGAAGUGAACCAGGGGGAGGAGAACGACGAGAUACCAGAGCUGGCUCGACGGCAGAGGAAAGCGCCGGUCGGCCAACGCCGACAAAUUUAAGCGGAGGAAGUAUCGGUGGCUGCGCUGGCAGCUGCCGCCGAAGUGGGAGCGGUGAACGAGACCCGGAGGAAGAAGAAGAUUAUGAGCUGGAUGUUGAAGGUCGUGAUGGCGAGGAGGCGGACAGUGCGGAACGGCGGGAACGGAGGGGCGAAUCGGUGGUCAAUCGAAGAAGAAGCUCGUCGGAUCCGGUUAAUCUGUCGAUCGUGAAAACCCAGGAUGCUGAUUCGGAUGACGCCAAUAUCGAUGUGGAAACGAUAGGAAAUGCUCCGACCAAGAAUCUGCUGCCUCCCCGAUACCUUGACCCAUUCCGUAGCAAACGGAAAGCGUACUACAUGCACCCAGAUGCGGAGAUACCGGACGCUGAAACGCCUGACACUGAGACGCCGGAUAACUACGUGGUGACGCGACGGCCCACGACCACGUGGCGAAAGCGUCGACCUGGUUUCCAUAAUUCGCCUGCCCAGAAUCCGCCCUUCGUACCAAGCUAUCUUGGUUUGGACGACCUAAGGACACGAAAGUGUUUCCUGCCCGCUCCGCCCACGUACCUGCCUGACGUCCGGCCGGGUUCUCCAAACUCCCAGCGGCCCACCGAUAUUGCACUCGCCGGCGGCAACCAUGUCAGCAAUAACAAUAAUAAUAACAACCGGAUACGCCCACCGAGCACCGAUAACAAAUUGGCGGUAGCUCCGUUCGUGUAUCCAUGGCCAACGGCGGCGCUGGCUGGACUGCCGGGAGGACCCGGUGAGCUGCUGGGGCUGCAAUACGUUCACGGAGGACCAAAUGCAGAGACAAGUCCGGCGGAGCUAAUUCAGCAGAUGAAAAACUUUGAGAACAGCCAAGCCGAGCUGAACGCUCGCUCUGGAAACAGUGGAUGCGCAGGAAGCGCCGGAACAGGCGGUGGCAAUGGAUCGGGAGUAGUCGCCGGAAGCGGUAACAUGGGCGGCAAUACGGCUGUUCGUGAAUACCGAUGCGAGUACUGCGGGAAAACCUUCGGUAUGAGUUGGAAUUUGAAGACCCACCUGCGCGUUCACACCGGAGAGAAACCGUUCGCUUGCCGACUUUGUGUGGCAAUGUUCAAACAGAAAGCCCAUCUGCUGAAACAUCUCUGUUCGGUGCAUCGGAACAUCAUCAAUGCACCGGAGGCAGGUGGCCGGUACACCUGCUGUUUCUGUACGCUGUACUUUGAGUCGCUACAGGAACUGGUGCGACAUUUAUCCGGGCACCACAAUAACUUGCUACUAAGCAAGAACCUCCACGAAUGAUACCAGCUAAUGCUGGAUUUGGAUUACUACUACUGCUACCGGUUGGAGAUGUACACCACCCGUUUGUAAGAUAAAUGACGUUUAAAAUUGUGAUAGAAUACAUAACCGUGAAUUCACGUACAUAACACACGCUGGAAUGCUAGGCGAAAAAAUUGGCUAGCAUCCAAGCGAGCUUCGAAUUUAUAACGCGAAACAAACACAACUGUGACCUAACCUCUGUAAAAGACGCCAUCACUGUUCGUUUUUUGGAUACUCGAGUAUACGCAUACAUACUACUAGACAACAGAACCCCUCCAACCCUAGACCCCUAGAACAAAACAUCCGAAUUUUAAAAGACACCCAUCCCCUAUUUGAGGAAUGAUUCACACAAAAAGAGAUUAUUUUUCACACAAUAGUCUACUUGUACGUGAUGGUGGUGGCAUUUCCCCAACGCAAGAAGCGUUCAUCUGUUAUAAACUUUUUUUUGCUUUGUUUCAUACCUUUUUGUUGUAGAACAAAAAAGCACAAUUUGUUAAAUUAAAACUUUUUAUAUGCACACACACGAAAACAAGCAAGAAGCAAUAUCUAAGAUUAAGUCUUUUAUUGUGAAAAGAACAGUAACUUAUUGUUGUUAGAACCUAUGGUGAUACACAAAACCAACCACCUCACUCAGAUUACCAAUAGAAAACGAUACAAGUCAAGUAGAACAGAAAUAUCAACCCGAACCCCCCCAGAAGUACACACAAAACACUCACACACACAAUCACAGAAAUACAUGAAAUACCUACUUAAAGAACGGCACAUUUAAGUUAAGCCUACGUUUGUUCUAAUUAAUUUAUUACAGUUUCAUUCACACCACAACAAACAAGCAAGCAAACAAAAGACACACGUGUGCAACUUGGCGAUAGAACAAGAAAGGAUU